GGGCCUCUUUGGAUGGAGCAACAGCCCAUCAAUGAUUAAACUAUUGUUUUUUGGACAAAUGAAGGAUUAUAAAGACACGUAGGGUUUGACUUUUAUCUAUCUUAGAGUAUACAAAGAUGACAAGGCAGGUACACUGAGGUAUGAAAGUGCCAAUAUUAACAGAUCUGGUGUAGACUGGUUCUGCACAGUGCAGUGUCAAUAACUUGAUUCAGAAAUCUAAAAACUAUAAACUAUUGGUCUGAUAUCAACAUUUCUACUCAGCUAGCUCAUACUAAUUGCCUACGGCUGGAUGUAUGUUUCGUUGCGUUUGUAUAUGUGUGGGGGGAUUUCUGGUCUGCUGGGGGAAUUCGAGACUCAGCCUCUUGUCUUGGUGAGAUAAGGAAGGAUAUUUUAAAGGGGGGGUGACAUGAACAGGCAUGGACAGUUUAAUUAAUAACCACCAUCCAUUUCUCCCUGACCUCAAAUGGUCACACAUGCUCUCACUGGAGUCCAGACACAUGCAGUUUAAUAGCAAAUAUUGAUUGAGCCGCAGUUCCCAGUGUGGAUGUCAGAAACGGGGCUGAAAAAGAGGAAAGUUAGCAGGCAGGAAUUUAACAUCAUCUGACCAGUGAAAGCUUCUGGACAUCUCAUUCCUGUGUGGGAGAGAAGACCUGUCAGAAGUAAACAGACAUUGUCCAACUUGUGUUUUCUGAGUUGGCACCUGACGACCCUCCUGAAUGAAUGAGUGGGUGUGCCCCGACAUCAAUGUGGUGGGACCGCUGGAAAUCCCACCCAGUGAUGAAUUCUCCAUCUCAGAGAGCUCCCACCUGUUUGAGGAAGGUUUCACCUCAAAAGACAUAAAUGGAAGAUGUUUUGUUAGUUAGUGGAAAAGGAAGGACUGAUCUACAAGACACAGCCGGGAUCUGAGAGUCUCUGAAUAACUUGUGUGUUUGGUCACAUGGAGAUGGCCAUGGUUCAGACAAAGUCUUCAAGAGAUAUCCUGGCAGAUCAAGGCAGUCCGCUCCUGCAGGAUCCCGAAAUCUUACCUUUCACCAGCUAUCCCAGUAUGCAGUACAUGUCCAUGGAGCCAACCAUGCCUUCUGCACCAUACUACUCCAGUCAGAACUAUUACCCUCCAUACAAUGGAGAUGAAUGGUACUCACACACAGGGAUAUAUGAACUGAGGAAAGGACCCCUGGACGUUAGUUAUGAUGCUGAGCUAGAGGAGGCGUCCACUGUGGUGCCCACCAUGUGCAAGAGGACCCGGCACAUGUCGCAAGCUGGAAGGGUACGAGGCGAGGAACUGUGCGUUGUGUGUGGAGACAAGGCCUCUGGAUACCACUAUAAUGCUCUCACCUGUGAGGGAUGUAAAGGUUUCUUCAGACGGAGCAUAACAAAGAACGCUGUGUACAAAUGCAAGAGUGGCGGAAACUGUGAAAUGGACAUGUACAUGCGCAGGAAAUGCCAGGAGUGCCGGCUAAGAAAGUGCAAGGAGAUGGGCAUGCUGGCUGAAUUGAAGCCUUCAUCACCGCUGGCAGGCCUGCUGACAGAGAUCCAGUGUAAAUCUAAAAGGCUGCGAAAGAACACCAAGGCCUCCCCGGGACAGUCAACUGGAGACGAGACAGAAGGGGCAGACAAUGCAGACAACAAACAGGUCACCUCAACCACCAAACUGUCAAAGGAAAAAGUUGAAAUCACCAAAGAGCAGCAGGCACUCAUGAAAAUCAUCACAGAUGCUUACAACAGACAUCAAAUUCCUCAAGAUGUCGCCAAAAAACUGUUGCAAGACCAGUACAGCGCAGAAGAAAACUUCCUCCUACUGACAGAAAUGGCAACCAGUCAAGUUCAAGUUCUGGUGGAGUUUACAAAAAAUAUUCCAGGUUUUCUCUCUCUGGAUCGUGAGGAUCAGAUCGCUCUGCUGAAGGGUUCGGCUGUGGAAGCCAUGUUUCUGCGCUCGGCUCAGGUUUUCAGCAGAAAGAUGCCCAGCGGACACACAGAAGUUUUGGAGGAAAGGAUACGCAAGAGUGGUAUAUCAGAGGAAUUCAUCACACCCAUGUUCAACUUUUACAAAAGCAUCGGUGAACUCCACAUGGUGCAGGAAGAACAGGCUCUCCUCACCACCGUAACCAUCCUGACACCAGAUCGGCCUUAUGUGAAGGAUCAGCAGGCUGUUGAGAGACUUCAGGAGACCAUGCUGGAUGUGCUGAGGAAGCUGUGUGUCCUGCAGCAUCCACAGGAGCCGCAGUAUUUUGCUCGUCUCCUGGGCCGUCUGACUGAGCUGAGAACGCUCAGCCACUACCACACAGAGAUGCUUGCAUCCUGGAGAAUGAAUGACCAUAAAUUUACCCCACUGCUCUGUGAGAUCUGGGAUGUGUGACACACCAGAAGGAGUGGGAAACAUAGGGGUGAUAACAUAAACAUUUAAACUUGAAAAAGACAAGUCAUGGUUCAACAGUAUUUAUAUGACCUUGACGCUGUUAGUCGUGUAUUAACUCUGUGAAUGGUUUAGAUUAUUGUUUGUGUUUAUUCUGUUUUUAUGGCUCACAGCAUCAUCGUGUCUGUUUAAUGUAUGAUUACUUAGACUUGUCUCGUUGUUCAGAUGCUUGAAAUAACUUCUUUUUAUUGUAUACAUCAUGUAAAGUCCCAGCAUGAUUAAUCAGAUAAGAACAAACACUGGAAAUUAUUCAUCGCUAUGAUGGUGCUCUUAAGUGUGAGGUUUAGAUUACAUUUAAUAAUAAUGGGUUCAUUUAUUUUUUAUUCGUAAAACUCAUAAUACUUGCCACUUGUACUUGCUGUAAAUACACUAAGUUGUCUGUCCUGCCUCAAUAAAUAACAAGAUUA